GGCAUCUCAUGAAUAAUUCAUGAUUGGUUGUUUUCAAUCGCAUGGAGGCUGCGGCGGUUUUGACGUUUGAGGGUAGGACAUCACGAUGAAAGGGAAUCACCCCUGUAUCAGCACUGGCGAUGUAUAAGUGUGGGUGUGAUCAGGCACCGAGUCACUACGUCUACCAUCAGUGAACACCCAACAAAUCACUCACAAUGCUGGUCAACAGAAAGACCAGCUUCAAGAAUGGUAUGUCCAUGGCCGACUAUGGCCCUGACGAGAAUCUCAAUGACAACGCCGACAUUGAGUGGGUUAACAAGACAUGGACACGGAGGUUGCUGCGGGGAUGUGCACUUCUCAGCAUGAUCUCCGUCAGCAUGAACACACCCAAGACGUUCGAGAAGCUGCCGUCUCUCAUGUAUGUCACCUUCUCCAUCGACAUGGUGAUUACCUUCCUGUUCACAGCUGAAAUGAUCGCCAAGAUGCACAUCCGGGGUGCAUGGAAGGGCGAGGCACCAUACCUGAAGGACCGAUGGUGUCAGUUUGACGGGAUCAUGGUGUUGUUCCUCUGGACAUCAGUUGUGCUGCAGGUGUUUGAGAUGACCGGCUCGAUACCACCGGAGCAUCCAGGGUCAGUUCUGCGUAUCCUGCGCUCCCCCCGACCACUCAUCCUCAUCAGGGUCUUCCGGGUCUUCCUCAAAUUCUCCCUGCCAAAAAACAGAAUCAACCAGAUCUUCAAGCGGUCCAGUCAGCAGAUCUACAAUGUCACCAUCUUCUUCCUGUUCUUCAUGUCCCUGUAUGGAAUCCUGGGAGUGCAGUUCUUUGGGGUGAUGAAGCACCAUUGUGUAAAGAACGAGACGGAUGUCAUCAACAUAACCAAGUAUGACCUGGCUGUGCCGGACACCCACUGCUCCCCAGAGCCUGGCCAGGGCUACCAGUGCCCCAGCAACAUGAAGUGUGUAGAACUCACUCUGGCUAAGGAGAUCAUGGGCUUCAAUGGUUUUGAUACAAUUGCCACGAGUGUGUUCACGGUGUACCAGGCUGCGUCCCAGGAGGGCUGGGCUUUCCUCAUGUACCGCUGCAUAGACAGCCUCCCGUCAUGGAAGGCCUUCCUCUACUUCAUCUCUCUCAUCUUCUUCCUGGCAUGGCUGGUCAAAAACGUCUUCAUUGCUGUUAUCAUUGAGACAUUUGCUGAGAUUCGAGUGCAGUUCCAACAGAUGUGGGGGCCGAGAGGCAGUGCGGCCGAAUCUGAUUCCUCCCAGGUUAUCACAACGGACGGCACAGUGUGGAAACUUGUGAUCCUGGACGAGAACAAGUCUCAGGGCCUGGCGCCCCCGGUGUUCCAGCAAGUCAUCCGGUCCAAUCUGUUCCACACAUUCAUCCUGCUGCUGGUUCUUGCCUCCGCCAUCACAGAGGCCAGUCUGCACUUCGACCACAGAACCAAGAACCCGGACGAUAAGCUGGAUGGAUUCUACUAUGCUGAGGUUGUGUUCACUCUGCUGUUUGUCCUGGAAGCCUUGUUCAAGAUCUGGUGUCUCGGCUUCAUGGGGUACCUGAAGCGGUCGCUGCACAAGUUUGAGCUGCUGCUGGCCAUCGGGACAACCAUCCACAUCAUCCCUGACUGCUACCGCUCACAGUUCACAUAUUUCCAGGUGUUGCGGGUUGUCCGACUCAUCAAAGCUUCUCCGAUGCUGGAAGAUUUCUGCUUCAAGAUCUUUGGACCAGGCCGGAAACUGGGUAGCCUCAUCCUGUUCACCAUGUGCCUGCUCAUCAUUGCCUCCAGCAUCUCCCUCCAGCUCUUCUGCUUCAUCGAGGACUUCACCAAGUUUGAGACCUUUCCACAGGCACUUAAGUCCAUGUUCCAAAUCCUCACACAAGAGGGUUGGAUUGAGAAUUUCGACGUUAUGACAAGAGUUUCAUCUGGCAUAGUGCAAGCUAUGUGUGCUACGUAUUUCUUGCUAUUUCAUCUGUUUGUGACCGUGAUUGUCAUCAGCUUGUUUGUGGCUGUUAUCCUUGACAACUUGGAGUUGGAUGAAGACAUCAAGAAGCUGAAACAGUUGAAGGCCAGGGAGAUGAGUGCUGAGACCCAGGAGUUCCUGCCUCUCAGACUGCGAGUGUUUGCCAGAUUCCCUGACCAUCCCCAGAUGGUGAGAGUACACAAAAUGUCCAGUGACUUUGACAUCGCAGAUGUGCGUGAGAGCUUCAUGCGCCAGUUCCAGACCCAUCAGAACAGCCUGAACCUGGUGGUGGACACCCAGGACAACGACCACCAGGUGUCCUCCUGCCUCAAGGCAGCUCACCUCCACCUCAUCAAGUCCCCCACACACGAGACACGCAGUGGGGGGGUGGUAGAGAAGAAGAGUGGCAUCUUUACCAUUGUCAGAGAUUCAAGUCAGCACAAGGUGGAGAGCGGAGGGUCAGCCCAGCUGAUAGCAGCCGGAAGUAAGGCCCUGUCCUUACUGGGGCAGCAGCAUCAGAUACGCAUGGACCAGCGCAGGAGCAUGCGUGGAUCCCGCCCAAGUAGCAUGCGUAUCCGGCCUCACGGCACACUGCGGGAGAAUGGUGACAUAAACAUGAUGCAUGCUGGGAGUCUGGCCGGUCGCCGCACAGAUGACUUUGAUAUCAAGGUGUGGCAGCAGAAGAAACAACAGGCAGAGAUCAAGAGGAACCAGCAGGAGGAGGAGCUGCGGGAAAACCACCCUUACUUCGACACUCCGCUGUUCUUUGUGGGCCGGGAGAGCAAGCUGAGGAAGAUCUGUCAACUCAUUGUCAAUGCCAAGUACAAAUACAUGUCACGUGACCCCAUCACUGGCAAAGAAAUCAAGAGCAAGUAUAAGCGCUUCCAUAAGCUGCUGGGGCUGGUGACUUACCUGGACUGGGUGAUGAUCAUCGUCACCAUCCUCUCCUGCACAUCCAUGAUGAUGGAGACUCCACACAGGCGCAUCAUGAACGAUGACAAGUUAAAGAUUGCGGAGUAUGCCUUUGUUGUGUGCAUGAGUCUGGAGAUGAGCCUGAAGCUGAUGGCAAACGGCCUGCUGUUUACACCCAAGGCUGUGGUGAGGGACUUCAGUGGCAUCCUGGAUCUGUUUGUGUAUGGGAUCAGUGUUGUGUUCCUGUGCUGGAUGCCCAAUGAAGUGCCCCCCAUGUCCGGUGCACAGGUCUUCAUGAUCCUGAGAUGUCUCCGGCCGUUACGUAUCUACAGCCUGGUGCCUCACAUGAGGAAGGUUGUCUUUGAGCUGGUGCGGGGAUUCAGGGAAAUAUUGCUGGUAUCCGUGCUGCUGAUUGUCCUCAUGUUUGUGUUUGCCACGUACGGUGUACAUCUGCUGGGAGGCCGACUAGCUCGCUGUAAUGACCCAAAUAUUGGAUCGAGGGAAAACUGCACUGGGCUGUUCUUCAGCAAGGUGUACAUCACAAAGAUGAAGAUUGGUCGCAAAGACAGCGAGGGACCCGGCUUUCUGGUACCAAGAGUCUGGGCCAACCCACGCAACUUCAACUUUGACAACAUCGGCAAUGCUAUGCUGGCUCUCUUUGAGGUGUUGUCCCUGGAGGGCUGGCUGGAGAUCAGGGACGUCAUCAUCAGCAGGGUUGGACCGAUGGAGGCUAUCUACAUCCACUUCUUUGUGUUCCUUGGCUACAUGAUUGGACUGACUCUGUUUGUCGGCGUUGUCAUCGCCAACUACAGUGAAAACAAGGGCACAGCAUUGCUGACAGUUGACCAGAGGAGAUGGAUGGACCUGAAGGGCAGGAUCAAGCUGGCUCAGCCACUGCACAUACCCCCCAGGCCAGACCGCAAUGAGUUCCGAUCCUGGAUGUAUGACAUCACUCAGCACAUCAUCUUCAAGAGGGUGGUGGUGCUCCUGGUGCUCUCCAACUGCUGUAUGCUGUUUGAACCUUGGAAGGACAGCCAGUGGACAGUCAUCCUAGCAGGCUUUUCAACAGCCUUCACCAUUCUCUUUGUCUUUGAGGUUAUAAUGAAGAUGAUAGCACUGACACCUGGCGGGUACUGGACGAGUCGGCGCAACCGAUACGACAUGUUUGUCACGCUGUUGGGAGUCAUCUGGAUUAUCAUGCACUUCAUACCACAAGCCAAUGACUACAGCAACACUGUGGGGUAUGUGGUGAUUGUGCUGCGCUUCUUCACCAUUACUGGAAAACAUGCCACACUGAAGAUGCUGAUGCAGACCGUGGUGAUGUCGGUGUUCAAGAGCUUCUUCAUCAUCAUGGGCAUGUUUCUCCUCAUGCUGUUCUAUGCCUAUGCUGGCGUCCUUCUCUUCGGGGCUGUCAAGUACGGCUACAACCUGGGCAGACAUGCCAACUUCGAGACAGCAUCAAGUGCCGUGAUCCUGCUGUUCCGUAUUGUGACUGGGGAGGACUGGAACAAGAUCAUGCAUGACUGUAUGAUCAGUCCUCCGUUCUGCAGCAGGGGGCCCAACUACUGGGACACAGACUGUGGCAACUUCACUGCAUCACUCAUCUACUUCUGCACCUUCUACGUCAUCAUCACCUACAUUGUGCUCAACUUGCUUGUCGCCAUCAUCAUGGAGAACUUCUCUCUGUUCUACUCUAAUGAGGAGGAUGCUCUGCUCAGCUACAAUGACAUUCGGCAGUUCCAGAACACAUGGAACUAUGUAGACAUCAAUAGAAAGGGUGUGAUCCCGGCUCGGCGGGUGAAGUACUUGCUCCGCCUGCUGCGAGGCCGUCUUGAGGUAGAUCUGGAGAAGGACCGCUUGUUGUUCAAACACAUGUGCUACGAGAUCGAGAAGUUGCACCAGGGCGGCGACGUUACAUUCCAUGAUGUCCUCAGCAUGCUGUCGUACCGGUCAGUGGACAUUCGCAAGUCCCUGCAGCUGGAGGAGCUACUGGCACGGGAGGAACUGGAGUACACCAUCGAGGAGGAGGUGGCCAAACAGACGAUCCGCAACUGGCUCGACAAGUGCCUCAAGAGAAUCAGAGCUAAGGAGCAUUCCAACAUUAUCUCCAACCUGCGAGCAACCAAUGAGCCACUGUUCACUGUCACUGAACUGACAUCGGGGGGAGCUGACAUCAAGGAGGAGAAGGAGGAGGGACCUGUGCCUCCCCGCACCAGGAAGAAGGGGCAUGUCGAGCUCCGCAAUCCUGUCAUACAACCACCCAGUGUUCUACAGGGCCAGUCAAUGAGGAAGUUUCUGACCCCAACACUGAGUGACGGAGCGUCACGCCUGGCAGAGAAGGAAAGACCUAACCUCCGCAAGAGAAGCUGUAAGAUCAACACAGGUGGCAAGCCCCUCCCUCUGGUGUCAGAGGGCAGGACCGAGGACGACCUGACCACACCCACCAUGGAGCACCCAAUCGACUCAGCACUGGUGGGGAAGUAUGUGUCACUUGACAUCAACUCUUGGUGGAAGGAGCUGAACUGUCUCGAUAUAUCAGAAGAUGGCAAUAGGACCAUACUGUACUAGUCACCAGUACAUCACUGUAGAGUUGUGUGGCAAUUGGACCAUACUGUGCUAGUCACCAGUACAUCACUGCAGAGUUGUGUGGCAAUUGGACCAUACUGUACUAGUCACCAGUACAUCACUGUAGAGUUGUGUGGCAAUUGGACCAUACUGUACUAGUCACCAGUACAUCACUAUAGAGUUGUGUGGCAAUUGGACCAUACUGUGCUAGUCACCAGUACAUCACUGCAGAGUUGUGUGGCAAUUGGACCAUACUGUACUAGUCACCAGUACAUCACUGUAGAGUUGUGUGGCAAUUGGACCAUACUGUACUAGUCACCAGUACAUCACUAUAGAGUUGUGUGGCAAUUGGACCAUACUGUGCUAGUCACCAGUACAUCACUGCAGAGUUGUGUGGCAAUUGGACCAUACUGUGCUAGUCACCAGUACAUCACUGCAGAGUUGUGUGGCAAUACAACCAUAUCGACUAGUCACCUGUAAAUCACUACAGCGCUGUAUGGACGUGGUCAGUCCCUGCAAUCUUGUACAGGAAUUGGCAUAGACUAUGCCAACUCGGAUGUAAGGGAACAGGUCAUUUUAUGCCUUCCACUGGGAACAGGGCCAGAGUAGAGCCAGUUUUCCAGAUCUGUAUUCGCCUACUGUGUAGGUAGGUGGACGUUCAAGUCAAGGGGUACACGCAAGCUGAUGAUUGUCUCCAUUUUCAUGAUCUUUUGAAGAAACAAAACCAGGAUGUGAUUUGAUGCUGAUGACGUGAGAGAACUGGAUCAGCAUCAGCUGUGCCCAGUGUGUAACAGGGAGUGUAACAGUGAGUGUAACAGGAAGAGUAACAGGGGAGUGUAACAGGGAGUGUAACAAGGAGUGCAACAGGAAGUGUAACAGGAAGUGUAACAGGGGAGUGUAACAGGAAGUGUAACAGGGGAGUGUAACAGGGGAGUGCAACAGGGAGUGUAACAAGGAGUGCAACAGGAAGUGUAACAGGGAGUGUAACAGGGGAGUGUAACAGGGGAGUGCAACAGGGAGUGUAACAGGGAGUGUAACAGGGGAGUGCAACAGGAAGUGUAACAGGGGAGUGUAACAGGGGAGUGCAACAGGGAGUGUAACAGGGGAGUGCAACAGGGAGUGUAACAGGGGAGUGUAACAGGGAGUGUAACAGGGGAGUGCAACAGAGAGUGUAACAGGGGAGUGCAACAGGGAGUGUAACAGGGAGUGCAACAGGAAGUGUAACAGGGGAGUGUAACAGGAAGUGUAACAGGGGAGUGUAACAGGGGAGUGCAACAGGGAGUGUAACAAGGAGUGCAACAGGAAUUGUAACAGGGGAGUGCAACAGGGAGCUUAACAAGGAGUGCAACAGGAAGUGUAACAGGGGAGUGCAACAGGGAGCGUAACAGGAAGUGUAACAGGGGAGUGUAACAAGGAGUGCAACAGGAAGAGUAACAGGGAAGUGUAACAGGGGAGGGCAACAGGAAGUGUAACAGGGGAGUGUAACAAGGAGUGAAACAGGAAGUGUAACAGGGGAGUGUAACAGGAAGUGUAACAGGGGAGUGUAACAGGAAGUGUAACAGGGAAGUGUAACAGGGGAGUGUAACAGGAAGUGUAACAGGGGAGUGUAACAGGGGAGUGCAACAGGGAGUGUAACAGGGAGUGCAACAGGAAGUGUAACAGGGAGUGUAACAAGGAGUGCAACAGGGGAGCGUAACGGGAGUGCAACAGGGAGUGUAACAGGAAGUGUAACAGGGAGUGUAACAAGGAGUGCAACAGGGGAGUGUAACGGGAGUGCAACAGGGAGUGUAACAGGGAGUGCAACAGGGAGUGCAACAGGAAGUGUAACAGGGGAGUGUAACAGGGGAGUGCAACAGGGAGCGUAACAGGGAGUGCAACAGGAAGUGUAACAGGGAGUGCAACAGGGAGUGCAACAGGAAGUGUAACAGGGGAGUGUAACAGGAAGUGUAACAGGGGAGUGUAACAGGGGAGUGCAACAGGGAGUGUAACAGGGAGCGCAACAGGAAGUGUAACAGGAAGUGUAUCAGGGAGAGUAACAGGGGAGUGCAACAGGGAGUGCAACAGGAGGUGUAACAGGGGAGUGCAACAGGGAGAGUAACAGGGGAGUGCAACAGGGAGUGCAACAGGAGGUGUAACAGGGGAGUGCAACAGGAAGUGUAACAGGGAGAGUAACAGGGGAGUGUAACAGGGAGUGCAACAGGGGCACAUGCAGGGGUCUGGUGGAGACUUCCCACAACACUGCUACAUGCAUCAGAAAGGGACCUGCAGUACUAUGGCAUGUGUCCAGUCUGACAAGUACUCAGCAUGAUGUCAGUAUUAGUGUUUGGGUUGGUUUGAAUUCUCCACGGAGAGUCAUCCUGGCUGCCAAACAAUGUCACUGGUUGAUUGGCCAGAGAAGAGGAGAAAUAGUUGAUAAUUUGAGUGUUAGGACACAGUUUCAAGCCACAAUUAUUGAUACAGAAAUGAACAAAAUUUGGAGUAUGUCAAACGUGGGUCGUGAAGUGCCAGCAAGAUGGACUUGCUCACUGGUACAGCUGUGUCCUGAUCACUUCCAUGCAAGGUUGACUUGCUCACUGGUACAGCUGUGUCCUGAUCACUUCCAUGCAACGUGGACUUGCUCACUGGUACAGCUGUGUCCUGAUCACUUCCAUGCAACGUGGACUUGCUCACUGGUACAGCUGUGUCCUGAUCACUUCCAUGCAACGUGGACUUGCUCACUGGUACAGCUGUGUCCUGAUCACUUCCAGGCAACGUGGGCUUAUUCACUGAUAUAUCUGUGUUGCAGAUGAGGUGUCUGUAGAACAAUUAUAAUGUCUGUAUAUAUUGAUAUAUUUAUUAUGGUACCUGACAGCUUGUGGGUACAUUAUGAUUUGUUAUUUUAUACUGGCCUGAAACCAUUGUUAUUUAUUAACAAUGCUUUAUUGAUAUUGUAUUUAUUAGUUACUACUGUAGUUCAUUGUAAUUUGCUCAUUGACUUUUUAUUUUAUUUAGUAAAACAAAUAUGCUCAUUUUGCCAAAAAUAUACACUUUAAGGGAGGUGCAAUAUUGUUAGUCCUUUGGUCAUGCCUACUACUUUUGGAGGAAGAGAAUAUAUGGUAUAUGAGAAUGUUGAGUUCUGUGAAAUAGUCAGCUGUUCACUGUGUCAGUUGCAUGUUGUGUAUAUCUGUAUAUAGGUGAGAGAGAUUCAGGAUGUCAGAUGUCAUUUAUACGCUGGGUUAUAUAUUUAUAUAUAGACCAGCAAAUAUCUAUUUUGAACAUAAAACCAACCUUUGAAUUACAUAUGUUCCAAUCAAGGCUAAAGUAUAGCACAACAGCUGCACUUAUGGCUUUGUUAUAGGAUGUCAUUACACAACAGCUGCAAUUGUGGCUCUGUAAUAUAGGAUGUCAUCACACAACAGCUGCACUUGUGGCUCUGUUAUAGGAUGUCAUCACACAACAGCUGCAAUUGUGGCUCUGUAAUAUAGGAUGUCAUCACACAACAGCUGCAAUUGUGGCUCUGUAAUAUAGGAUGUCAUCACACAACAGCUGCAAUUGUGGUUCUGUUAUAGGAUGUCAUCACACAACAGCUGCACUUGUGGCUCUGUAAUAUAGGAUGUCAUCACACAACAGCUGCAAUUGUGGUUCUGUUAUAGGAUGUCAUCACACAACAGCUGCACUUGUGGCGCUGUUCUAGGAUGAGAUCACAAAACAGCGGCACUUGUGGCGCUGUUCGUGGAUGAGAUCACAAAACAGCUGCACUUGUGGGUCGGGUUAUAGGAUGUCAUUACUAUUUCAACUCAGAUCUGUUAACCCUUAAAUUCACAAGUGUUCAAUAGAAUUAAAAUCUUAAGAAGUGUGUAAAAGUAUAUUGUAUGUCUCAAAUGUGUGGAACACAGGAGCUUGUUAUCAUUGGGUGUUUGAACUGUGACUAAGCAGAUGGUGGGAGUUCUCUUGCCUUCAUGUCACAAAUAGCAAAUGAACAGCACAAAACCAUGUGAACAGACCAAGCUCAGAUGACCAUUGUAGGUUAUAGGUAGAUUUACAUUGGAAGAGAAAGUAGUGUGUAUUCCUGAGUAUUGAGUGAAUUGUGUUCAAAGUCAUGAUGGACGUACAUGUUCAUGCUGUCAUGAAUUUUGUUGUGUUUGAAUAAAACAAUGAAGACCAUUG